GAAUCAUCCGACGUAGGUAAACUGAGGUAUUCAAAUCAAACAAAUAUCUAGCAAUACACUACAAGGAGGCAGGUGGGUGACUUCAAACGUGCAUCCAAUUGGCUUAGCCUUUGUCAAAUGUGUAGGUGUAUAUCAACUUGAUGUCGACAAUAUAGCAAAGCCAAAGCAAACCUGAGGUUGGCCCUUUCGACUGUCAUCUCUUCUUGUCUGAAGUUUCUGGAGUCAAGAAGACCUUGAAGGUGAUUUCAUCAUGGCUGUCUCUUCAUACCUGGUGCUGUUUGUGGUUAUCUGUUCCAUCGGCGCCAUCUCAUCACUCAAAACCUCUGACACUACGGUCGACAGGAAAACGUCCAAUCCGUACACGGAUUCCAAACGGAAAGACAUUUCAGAUAUGGAUUUGGAUGACGUCAUUGGCAUCUCACUCGGAGAUCACAGAAGAGAGGUGUGGUCAGAGAUACUCAUGACCCCGGAACUAAAAGCAAACAAGAUGUCGCUCAAUAGAAAGAACAAGCGGGCCAAGAAACACAAAAUGAAACUUCAUGGGAAGAAAGAAGGGCCAUCGCCAAUGCCAUCUAUGCCAUUGAAGAAGCUGAAAGAAACGCCUUUCGACAAAUACCUGCCUCGUAGAAACUCCAAAAUUUGAAAGCGGGAGAAAAUGUAAUUAUUGAGUUGGA